AUGGUGCCCCCUUUGGCGGCUCAACUUGGGUCCCAUCGUCAUGUAAGGCAGAAGGUUAUCAUUGCCACGACCACUGCUGAUAUGCUUGUGAGAUAUUUCAUUUGCUUCCUCUGUUAUUACAAACUCUACUUAAUUACUCUUCUAUGGUUUUUAAUCACAAACUUAAUCAAUGUGAGUAGGCAGAAAGGCCACAACUCUUCGGCCUUUUUUUCUUCCAUUGACAAAGUCGAAGAGUUUGUAAGAGAAGCAGAUAUUGUAAUGUUUGCAAUUGGCAAGCCUAAUUCAAUCAGUAGUAGUUUGAUAAUGCCUGGUGCAAUUGUUAUUGAUCUUGGAUUUAAUGCAAUAGAGGACAUUGGUAAUUCUCAUGGUUAUCGAUUCGUCUCCGAGGUCAGCAAGAUUGCCUCAGUCAUUACUCCUGUACCUGGGGGAGUUGGUCCAAUACUGUAG